AUGCGUGUCUUGUCAACGCCUUUUGCAUGUAACAGCUCUGAUUGGCGCGCGCUUGCUGAUAAAUUGCCGCGCGUGCCUGUGGACAAACAUUUAGCAGACGGUGUUUAUUUGAAAGUUCUACCGUAUAAACGCAAGAAGCGGCAGAAGUUCAAAAUGAAACUACAAAUUUGUUUGUUACUACUAGGUCUCGUCCUUACUCAGGCACAACGGCCAAAAACGCAAACAAAGAAAGGGCCCCCACCAGUAAGAGCUGUACCGCGCAGGAAUGACAUAAAAGAUGUCCCGGACAACGCAGGUCGUGCCCCACCCCCGCCAGUGGCACCGGCAGCUCCUGCCCCACCCCCGCCAGCGGCCCCUCCAGCACGCCGACUUCCUCCAGCACGUGUAGCAGCCCCAUCUCCAGUUAGGCGUGGACCACCAUCUCCAGUUAGGCGUGGACCACCACCUCCAAGAGUGCGACCGGCACCACCAGCUCCUUUCGUCCAUCCAGCUCCCUUGGCUAGACCAAACCCACCAAUUACAAGAACCAGAACAAUAGGAUUCCUAGGUGGACCAGACAGGUUCGUAGCUUAUGACCCACUUCCACCAACAACUUACCCACCAACUCCACCUGUUACACGGUAUUACCCAACUUACGAACCACGUGAAGUCAAGAAAGAGGAAGAAGAGGAAAGCUCAUCUUAAAGUAUUUUCUCAUUUUAGAAUUGCAACAUUCAUCAAAAACUGAUUACGUUAACUUUGAUAUUUUACAAUCUCACAAGAAAAGAAGCAACACGCAAAAUUGUAAUUUUGUGUUUAGUGUAAGAAAACUAAAAAUGAAGAGAUUAAUAUAUGU